AUGUCUGCCAACAAGCUCCACGCUGCUUAUGUCGCUCCCGACCAGUCUCGCACUUUCGAGCACAGCAUUUCUUCCCCGCUCCCCUCCGCCGACGCCGUCCCUCAGAAGGUGACCUAUCUCGCUGAACUACGCAAGCUCGUACCCACUCUGCAGAACGACAUCAACGUAUUCCUGACCGAGCGCAUGGAAGAGGACAAGAAGGCUGCCGAGGCACAGGGUCAAAAGGUCUCUGAUAAGGAAGCCAAGGAGGAGGAAAACUACGGAGAGGAGGUUGUGGAAGAGGAUGCUUGA